UUGUCAACAAUUUUUGUUACAGGGGUGGCACCGGGUGAAGGUACAGGUGCAACAAUGUCUGAUGAUGAUGAUGAGCAGGCUGAUAGUGAUGCUAACUUUUUUGACGGAGGUCUGGAUGGAUCAGACACCAUGGGCUUUGGUCCUCUUGUGCCUACUGAAAGUGAGAGGUCUCUGAUGGAGCGUGUGAGACAAGAAUUGAAGCAUGAGCUCAAACAUGGUUACAAGGAAAAGAUCGUGGACAUCAGAGAGGAAAUUUUACGCAAGCGAAGAGCCGGAAAGCUGCCUGGUGAUACUACAUCUGUCUUGAAAGCAUGGUGGCAGUCACACUCAAAAUGGCCAUAUCCAACGGAGGAAGACAAGGCAAGAUUAGUACAGGAAACAGGCUUGCAACUAAAACAGAUAAACAAUUGGUUCAUCAACCAAAGGAAAAGAAACUGGCACAGCAAUCCUUCAUCAUCAUCAUCCCAGAAAAGCAAGCGCAAGAGCGGUAGUGCAGGAGAAAAGAUGAGCAGUGAGCACUUCAUCUGAGGGGCAGAAGUUGUAUAGUGGCAAUCCCAUCAUUAUUCCCAUUAUCACAGUACACACAUAGUUAGCACGUGAAACGAGAAUGGAGCUCUCUGAAUUUGCCAAAGCAACUGGCGCACACACAAGUUUUGGCCACUAGACUGCCGGUGUGGGAGACUUAUCAGAUCCACUUAGACUAGUUAGAAUAUGCUUUUGAAUAUAAUGUGGCUUACAUAUUUAAGCAGCAGUGCAUAUUUUCUUACUUGGUUUUUUAUUUUUAUUUUUUUGGCGAGGUUCAUCAAUGUUUAGCAUCUAUAUAAUGUCUAUACUUCGAUCUUACCAACGUAUCAAUGCUUUGUAAGUUUCACCUUUUAAAUUUUUGUGAAUAUAAGUGGCUGUUGGUUAUGGUUA